AUGGCCUACUGUAAAUUCUCCUUCCGGCUGACUGCGAUAUGCGGACCUUUUGUUUCAGCAAUUGGUCGUGGCCGAUGCUCACGCUCUUUUUCAAGAAUUUCCCUCUGCGCGCUUUUUCUGAUCGUCACUAGGAAAGGUUUUUGUUCUUUUUUCUCAACUCUAUUUAUUUGACAGGGUCAGGUUGCUUUCUGCUGUUCCUCGUCGAUUCACAUGAUUUAUUCGUCGAGGAUUUAUUUUAACUUAUGAAUGUUUUUUCUCGUUGUGUUUUUAACUUUGAACUGCCCUGUCCCUAAAAAUGUGCCUGUCCUCUUGCCAGGCCGCGGAGUUAUGCACCUAUGAUUUAUCCAUCAAUUGUGUUCUCUACCCUUUUUUAUUGUUAUUGGUUAAAAUACUCUAGUAAUCUACGUUUCAUGUGGUUCUUACUGUGAUUUAGGUUAACAUGGAUCUAAUUUUAUCCGUUUUGUGCCUGUGCAAAGGUUCUUCUCCAACCGGACCCGUUCCUUAACGAGCUUACAAGCAUGUAUGAACGCAAUAAAGAGAAAGGAUCUGUGUGGGUCACGCUUAAGCGCUGUAAUCAUCUUUUAUCUUCAUUUUUUUCGUAUACGAUUUUCUUGAAUAAAGUGAGAAAGAUGGUGUGGCAUCACAGAUCAAAAGAAAGAUAAUGCAUUAAACAGCGCAGUUUAAUCUCAUUUGAGGAUGUACGUUUCAGCACCUCUAGCAUCCAAGGUAAAAAUGAACAAAAUGAAGGCUGCAGGUGAAGCUAUCGAGUACCGUUGUCUUGUUCGUGCAACUGAUGGUAAAAGGAACAUCUCUACCUCGGUAAGCUUCCUAAGGAUUAUGGUAUUUUUCUAAAUCUUCCACUGUGGGUGUAUAUAAUUUCCAAUAAUAAUAAUAAAAACUCUCCGUUGAACUGCUACCAUUACAUUUCACCACUUAUUUGCAAUUCAAUCCAACAGUUUGUGAUAGGUAAAGUUUAUUAUUUGCGAACAAAUAGAAGUCCAAUAUCAACUGCUCUUGGAAAAUUCUGGAUUUUUUAUCACCUAUAACAAUUAUCCAUUAAGCCUCGAACUAUUUGCACCCUACAUAACCCCAACUUGACAGCCAGAUUUCAUGAAAACCGAAACCAUUAAUUUAACUUUUUACAACCUAAUGCAAGGAUAUUAACUUGAUGGCUAGUUUAGUCCAAGGAAAUUAUAUGCUGUUCAGUUUUGUAGAUUGACUACCUAUGCGAUCUUGGAGCUUUGUAUGAAAGAGGCAUUUGGAAUAUUCUUUAUAAAGGAUAUCCAUAUUUACGAUUUCUGAGCUGCUUACUAGGAAAGUCUUGGGCUUAUGGAAAAAUGACUUCAGAACUCGUUUUCAUCUAUGACAAACAGUUUUGAGCUAUUUCAUUACACGUGCCAGAAAGUUUCAUGGAAAGUGUAAACUGUAAACGCGAGAAGUUUUGUAGGUGCUGACAUUUCGCUAAUCAAUAGAUUGGAUAGUACUUUUUGUAAUUUUCUACUAGUGGAUGAUGUUAAUAUUCUCAGAACUCAGAUUUCCCUCGUGAAUUAUCAAUACUGCCAGAAGAUUAUUCAUAGAGGAGGUGGACAGACUGAAACUCAGCGUUAAUUUUAGGGGGGAGAGGACUGAUGAUGUGAACGAAGUUUCCUGUGAAGGAGUGGUUUAAAAUAUUGUAGAUAUCGAGUCCUUUUUACAUUUUUUUGCAGAACAAACGUGAUUGUUUUGAACCUUUCAAAGAGGAUGAACGGUUAAUGAAUAUGUAUUGAUUGAUCAUGGUAAAUGCACAUGUCUCUGAGUUCGUCCCUGCAGAUCCCACAUGAAUGCAGAAAAGGAUAUACUAUCCUCUUCUGGCUGGAUCACUGUGCCAUCGUACUUGACGUCAUACACACUCUUGAACCUAUCUCCGUCACGAAUGCUCUUCGAAUCAUUGGAUCCCUUUUUGCACAGUCUGAGCCCCCAACUACCCAUGUGGAUUUGAGUCUUGGAGGGAGCCCCAUAUUCUGCCAUAUGUACUGAAGAAGGAUGUGAUUGAUUUUUACAGUUGAAGGUCGUCAAUGAAGUGAAGUGAGCCCCCAACUACCUAUGUGGGUUUGAGACUUGGAGGGAGCCCAUAUUCAUUUUUACAGUUGAAGCUUGUCAAUGAAGUGAAGUGAUGGACGAGGAAGUUCAAUAUUUACUGUAUGCGCCAGAUAAACAGAUUGUCUGGUGACACUACCAUUAUAAUGUGGGGUCUGGGUCAGACAGUUGACUAGAAAUGCCGAAGUUGAUCUUGUGAAUCCCUGAGUUGGCGAUUAACCUUGCCUUCCAAACGGGUGGCGACUUGAUGCUUUAUUUGAUUCAAAUAAAGUUUGAUUGACGAUUUUAUAUGAUUCAACAUGAACAUAAAUUUUCUUGCUUUUGCACUGUUGUGUUUCACUCCUAGUCAUCUUUCUCUGGUGGUUUUCUGGUCGUUACUGUCCUCAAGGAACUGACGUGUGUAGCGGUAUAUUCUGCUUGGUUGGUAUAUUCCGGUAGCUGUUGAGCCUUAAAAGUUUUGGAACGGAUGAAUGUUUAAUUUUUCAACAAGCUUCUAUUUUAUUUAAAUAAUUUAAUUUCCUCCGAGUUUCAUAGUUAAGAUUACUAAUGGAAACAUAGCUUGUUUUAACUUUUAGAUUGUUGAAAUGGAGAAAUAAAACCUAGCCUCGAGAUUCAUUCAACUCUAACCCGCAUUAUAUAGGGAGGAACCUUACUCAAUUGUGCAAAACACCCUCAGUUCUUACAUAAUUUUCUUACGACCUAGAAUUUCCAGCAGUGGGUGACACGAAUGAUAAAAAAUUCUUUCAAGGGCCAUGUUUUUUUUUUAAUUUAGCUCCUGAGUUUUCACAAAUUCUUGUGAUGCUCGACAUGAAACAUUGCCGCGCCUAUCCAUCUAAGGUUUUGAGGAUUUAUUCGAAGAUGACACCUGCUUCUUUCUUCUAUUCUCAUAGUUUAGUCCUCAUAUUAACAUGUGGAACCCCAUGAUUUGGUAAUUAUCAUAUUUGUCAGCCUAAGAUAGAUACCACGAUAUGUUCAUCCAAUAUUAAUCAUGUAUUAUUCUUUGUUAAUUACUCUUUUUAACCUGAAAAUAUUUAUAGAGCUUCCCCCACCCCUCUCCCCCCCCUUUUUUUUUUUCCUCCCAUAAUUGUGGCGAUUGUGAUGCUCUGUGUCCCUUCCUGCUGUCAAAACCCUAGCUUUCUGCCAAGGAUCACCAGCGCUUCCAAGCCUCGUAUGCAACUCUGCUUAAAGCACACAUGGACGCUCUGAAGAAGAGGGAGCGCAAAGACAAGAAGAGAACCAUCGAUGGAGAGAAGAAACCAGUGGAUUCGAAGAAGCCCAGCCAUGGCAAGUCUUGA